UAUACGCCGAGGUCUUUAGAUGAAUUCGUUAAGCACCAGCCGAAGGCGUGGCAGUAUAGUAAAUUUAUAUUGUAUUUCCAUAUCUGGAUGGAUCUCGGCAUUUUAAUGCAAGACGGAAAUUUUAAUGAUCCCGGACACUGGACAUGAGGAAUAAUUAAAUACUAGCGUUUAGAUGUGCGACAACAAUAACCCAGAAUAACUGGGGUAGAGAUUGACGUUCCGUUCCUUAAAAAUACUCAAUGGCUAUCAAGCUUAGCUUCGAUCCAUGUAGUCUUUCCUAUAAGCACUUGUCGCUACUCCUUCUAAAAACCUUCCUUUUGUUACUCAUCCUUCGAAGUGCCAGUGCAGACUGGUUAAUGGACUGUGGAAACUGUCACUGCAAAUGGAACUCCGGCAAGAAGACAGCCGAUUGUCGCAAUUUGAGCCUGAGCGGGGUACCAGAAUACCUUAGUCCGGAGGUUCAAGUGCUGGAUCUGUCACACAACCAUAUUUUUUACCUGGAGGAGAACGCCUUUUCGACCACCCACUUGCAGAAUCUGCAGAAGCUUCUGAUACGUAAUGGCACUCUGAAACAUAUACACCAGCAAAGCUUCACCCAACUGCAGAUAUUGAUUGAGCUUGACUUGUCCAAUAAUCUUCUGCAAGAGUUGCUACCCAAUGUUUUCGACUGCCUGUCCAAAGUGAGGGCCAUAUUUCUAAAUGGAAACCUGAUACAAAUACUUCCCCAAGGGGUCUUUCGCAACCUUAAGUAUCUGCACAAGAUCGAGCUAAAGCGGAACCGCCUGGUUAGAAUCGAUGCCCAGGCCUUUGUGGGAGUGCCGCUGCUAUCACAGAUCUAUCUGGACAACAAUGAACUAACCAAACUAAGAGUGGAUUGUUUUCAGAGCCUUAAUAAACUCACAGCCUUAUCGCUGGCCGAGAACCCGUGGAAUUGUACCUGUGACCUUCAGAUGUUCCGUGAUUUCGUUAUAGACAUGAAUCUGUAUACUCCGCCCACAGCAUGUCAUUAUCCUUUGCAGUUGCGGGGUCGCCUUUGGAUCGAAGAUCAGCCUGAGGCAUUUGCAUGUAAGCCAAAGAUUGUGUAUCCUGCACUCAGUACUUCCAUUAACACUUCCAAGGAGAAUGUCACGCUUAUAUGCCGCGUGCACGGAUCUCCAAAUACAGUCAUUGCCUGGGACUACAAUAAUCAAGUAUACGAGACUCGCUCUAAGCCGGUAAAAAGUCUGCAAAAACAGCGUAUUUAUAUAGAAAUGUUGCGGGAAAAUGUACCAAAGGUUCAAAAUUUUGGGCAUUAUGUAUUUGUUUCGCGUCUCACCAUAGUAAAUGCCAAGAAAACCGAUGAGGGUGUCUAUACAUGUCUAGCGGAAAAUCCUGGAGGUAAAGAUUCCGUUCAAAUAAGUGUGGUGGUACAAAAGGACUUGCAGCGGAUUCCGCUGAUUGACACGAACCUCUUAGCAAUAAUUUGUCUCAUUGCCAUGGGAUUUCUCAGUAUGUCGAUCCUAUUGUCAUUGGUGACAUGCUUGAUCUUCAAGCGAUUCAAACCAUUUCAUCCUAGUCAGCAUGCCUUUUUGCAACCAACAAGUUAUCCUGCCCAGCAAUUAGGUUGUGAUGAUGUUGCCGGGAUCAGCGCCUUAAGUUCGGGUGUUAUUCAGGAAAAGAAGACUGUGUUGGAUCCAAUGUGUGAUGCUAAUGGAACAUCGAGUAAAAAUUACAAUUUAUUCAAUGCGACCAGUUUAAAUGACAACGAAAUGUACCUAGACGAUCCCCUUGCAACUAGAAAAACUGAAGGCGUAAGAUUGAACACCAAUAGUUAUUUUGGAUAUCUUGACAAUCAGGCAGGCCCUACUUCAUCGCGGGAUCGGGGGCUCUAUUCAAACAAUGCGGGUUUAAACAAUGAAGAGCACAAACAAAAAUAUAAGCUCGACGGAAGUCCUCGACACUUCGAUGAUAAGAGUUUCUCGCUUUCUACUGGCAGCUCAAAUAAGAACAGGCAAAUCGAAGAACAUCAACCGGACCUUUUGCCCUCCAAUGACCCCACUGCCUUUAGGAACAAUGAAGUAAAGCAAGGAAAGAUUAAUCCUCGUAGCCAGUACAAUACCAAUGUGCAAAAGUACCUUAAGGAGAAGUAUGGCAGUGUUCGGAUAGAUGGUAAUAACACUAAUAAGGACAUUAGUGAAAGCGAACUGAAGUCCCAUUGCGCUGACAUGGACAAACCGCCGACAUCUUCGAAGCCACCGUAACUUCAACUUUAGUCUGUCCCUGGAUUUUGAAUCUUAAUCAACCCUACCUCUCUGAGAACUCCACGAGUAAGAAAAGACGCAGAAGAAUCGCAUCCCUUGAAGUAUAAUCAAGAAGAAACGUACCUCGCCUUAUUUCUAUUAGUAAAUUAUGUAUUUUAAAAGUACUUAUAAGAAUAUUUAUUUACACAAUUCUAAGUGUUUUAGCCCACGCACUUAAAGUGAAAAGAAUUAAAUCGUACAGUUUUAAGUGAUG